GCAAAACCCCGCCUUGGCCUCGCCUACCCUUUCUCUACCUAACUUAACCUACCUAAUCCUGCCUACCGUAACUGACUCUACUCUUCGGCACCAUCUGAUCACAAUUCUUUCGCGCGACGCCUUUGUGCCAUUUUUUUUUCCCACACUGCACUACUUACACCAUCCCUCCAAGACACUACCCUCGGCCCCUACCGUAUUCGUCUACAUACCCAUUUUCUGUUUCGAGGCGAUUGAAAAUUUUGAACGAUCAACAAAGCAACCUACGAUAUUGCCCCUCCUUCAGUAUAUGACCAUCCGACCAUACUAAUCCUACGCGCUGCGGUAUAAUAAAUUCUUUUCGCCAUGGGUCAAACCCUUUCCGAGCCUGUCGUCGACAAGGCUUCUGACAAAGGAGAAGAUGACCGACUGCUGUAUGGCGUAUCUGCUAUGCAGGGAUGGCGUAUUAGCAUGGAGGAUGCUCACUGCUCCGUCCUUGACCUCUUGACACCCAAAUCCGACGAGGAAAAGAAGGUUCACCCUUCGCGAUUAUCUUUCUUCGGCGUCUUCGACGGACACGGCGGAGACAAGGUUGCUCAAUUCGCAGGCAAGAACAUAUAUGAUAUCCUUAAAAAGCAAGACACAUUUAAGGCUGGACAUUACGAGCAGGCUUUGAAGGAUACAUUCCUUGCGACUGACCGAGCGAUACUGAGCGACCCUCAAUAUGAGGAGGAGGUAUCUGGUUGUACCGCGUGCUGUAGCUUGAUUACUGCUGAGAAGAUAUAUAUUGCAAACGCUGGUGAUUCGAGAAGUGUCUUGGGUGUUAAGGGAAGAGCUAAGCCGCUAUCCUUCGAUCACAAGCCACAGAACGAAGGCGAGAAGGCGCGAAUUACUGCCGCGGGUGGCUUUGUCGACUUUGGUCGUGUCAACGGCAAUCUUGCCCUAUCUCGAGCAAUCGGAGAUUUUGAGUUCAAGAAGAGCGCCGAACUUGCACCUGAGCAGCAGAUAGUGACAGCGUUCCCAGACGUAGUUGCGCACGAAAUUAGUGACGAUGAUGAGUUUUUGGUCCUUGCAUGUGACGGUAUCUGGGAUUGCCAGUCUUCACAAGCGGUCGUUGAGUUUGUUCGAAGGGGCAUCGCCGCGAAGCAGGAGUUGGAUAAGAUUUGCGAGAACAUGAUGGACAACUGUCUGGCAUCUAAUUCGGAGACUGGCGGGGUUGGGUGUGACAACAUGACAAUGAUCAUUGUGGGCUUCUUAAGAGGCAGAAGUAAGGAGGAAUGGUACGAAGAGGUUGCCAGCCGUGUGGCCAAAGGCGACGGACCUUGUGCCCCUCCCGAAUACGCUGAAUUCCGGGGACCUGGUGUGCAUCACAAUUUCGACGAUAGUGACAGUGGUUAUGAUGUUGACAUGGAAAACAAAUCCAAAACAUUUGGGAUCGGUGGGUACAAGGGCCGCAUCAUUUUUCUUGGCGAUGGUACUGAAGUUCUCACCGACUCGGACGACACCGAGAUGUUUGACAACUCGGAAGAAGAUAAGGACCUGGCAAGUCAAGUGUCUAAGAGCUCGUCCGGCGAGGUAGAAAGUCGACUACCGCCCAGAGCGCCCUCGCCUCCCCCGCGUACGCCGAAGAAGCAAGAGGACAACCCUCAGGCAAAGCCCAGCGACCCAACCCUAAACAAUACCUCGACUGCAACUAAGAAAUUCGCAGAAGCCGUGAAGGAGGAGCCCAAAGAGGCGAAACUUGAAGCCGCCACCGCCGCCGCAUCUAAAGAUUGAUUAAGGUAUAAGUUUGUCAGGCAGGAUAGUGUUAGAAUUGCGCCCUUGGGCCUUUCAUCCCGCCGGCCUGCUAAUUAUUGGGAUUUACCCCACACACACACCCAUGAAUUAUUAGGGAUGGUUACGACAGAGCACCUGAAUGAAGAGUUUUGUUUACUUGGCACAUGAUGGAUUACCAGAAGGAAAGGGGGGGAGGAUGAGUGCUAGGGCGGAUAUUCUCCCUUAAAAGGGGGAUUAACAUGGCCAGAGACACGACACGCGAUAUGACCACUGGGGGCCACCACGUCUUGCCAACUUCAAGCACGAUUAAGGCUUGGGAGUUUUCUUGACGAACUGCAUUGGCGGCUAUUCAGAAACCUCUUGACAGCUGAGGUGUGCUCCGUAUGCUAUAAUAACCGCGAGAACACUCAUAUGCAUCAUCGAAUUCUAUAUGUUUUCUUAGGAGUGCGGAAUUAGCACGUUCAUAAAAAUGCAUUAAUGCCAUCCAGAAA